AUGGCGGACUCUCAGGCUCGGUUGGUGGGCGGCGAACCGAAGCCUGGAGGUGGCCGGAGCGUAGAUCCAAGCCCUGGCACGGACGAAUCUCUCGAAAUCUCACCGAGCUGUCGCCCCAGUGCCCCACCGACACAACGGAAACACACGAACCGCAUUGCCACACCCCCGCAGAUUGGUCUCUGGCGCCCGCCUAGAUCCCAACAACCGCUAAAGCGACUACCUAUCGAUGCAAGAACACUUCCCCCAAGGGGCCAAGAAAAUCUCCGGAACAAGAGCGAGCGGGUUGAAGAGAGGGGAGGAGAAACGUCUGAUGUGUACCUCGAGAGAAUGGCAAGCACGUCGCGUUGCUGUCCCACCGCCUGGUUUGCCUCCUUCGCUCUCUUUUUUUUUCUCCUCUUGGUGAGGGAACUCUGCUCGUGCGGUUGCGGAAUGGGGGAGGUGGAGAAGGUGAGGGAGAGGGCAAGCGGCCAGGCGCAGUGCCACAGCAGGGAGGGAAGCAGACAGGGAGGAGGAGCUGGGAGGGAGAGAGAAUAA